CCUUCGGUUUGAAAGUCACACGCUCUUAGCACUCUAAAAAAAUCAUGACCAUAUAUCUAUUAAUUUCAUUACUGAUUUUGCAAAUUUGCAUUGUUUUAUUUGGUUUCCUUCCAUUCCAUUCGACAUGAAAAGCAACCGAGCCGUCCACUGAUAUCCGACAUGCUCUUGGCCGGUUUUUUAUAUGGAGUAGUUGUCAUUUAAAAUAUUUAUAGAACUUUUUUUGGAGUUUACCACAUAAAAAAACCCACAAACACAAAAAUAUAACAAUGAAGCAAUAAAAACACUGUAAAAUAUGUUUCUUCACUUCAUUAUUAAAUUAAGCCAACCAAAAGAGACUUCAAAGAAGGAUCAUCAUUCGACGCGAGAGGUAUUAUGUAAACACACGUAAUUUUAUCAAGAUACUGAUGUAACAAUGUUUCAAUAAAAACAAAGUAACAAAAGCAAUACGAGAAAUCCAAACAACAUUUGAUCAGAGACAAUGUGUUUAUUAAACACAGUUGUGAUGUUAAUGUAGUACGGAUGAAUAUUCAAGACAAGCCAGUCGACUUUUAACUGCCGCCGACGCGUGUGAUGUGAAUUUUGUAAAAUUGGAAACAAUGAAAGAAAUCUAAAAUGAAUGCGUUAUUGAUUUACAUGCUAAGUUUAUAUUUACUUUUUUCAAGUAGUGGUGUUGCUAAUAAUCGGAGGAUACAAAAAUCUGGAUUCUUAGAGGAGGAGUUCAGCAUAGAAUAUAAUACUACUUUACCUAAUAUAACAGCAACCAGUGAAUCAACUGUACAAACUACUAGCAAAAUCGGCUCAAAGGAAAUCAAAUACGUCUUGACAAAAAUGCUGUUAGUAGCAACAAACAAAAAUAACUGUCGCUGUAAUUGUUCUCAAAAUGUACACAUAAGUACAACUAAGAAAAACGUAGCAAUCGAUAAAAGAACAGAUAAUCAAGAUGGGAUUAAAAUAAGAAAUAAACCGGAAAAGUACUCCGGUAUAAAUGACACUCUGAGUAAAAUAUGCCCAUAUUUUGUGCCCAAUGAAAGUUUCGAAAUGGACACAAUGGCUGACGUUUAUUGGCCAAAGUUUUAUAAUAUGAAAGAAAAUUUGAAUUGUUUUAAGAUAACUGUGCUAAGACUGACCGAACAUCAAAGGGAACGAAACGCGAUAAGGUAUGGCAGAUUCGGCGGAAAGGUGGACUGGACGCGGUGCUACUUCGAGAUCAAGCCACCGGACUCUAACACCGGGGUGAGACACUUCCUUGUGGGCGACGCGAACGACAAAGGAGUGAUGAGGAACAUACUGAUCACGAGAGAAGCAUACGGCCAGUUCUCAUUCCAAGAAGAAGUCCCUGAUCAGUGGCUGAUGCUGCGGAAUCUGGUGCUCCUCCGUGAUUGCGAGACAGGGGAAGUGGUGGUAUUCACUAGAUCUCCUCAGAUGACGAAAAUAGGAGAAAUCGUGCAAGCCCUGCAGGAUUUGGGGGAGGAGAUGGUCGGCAAGAUGCUGUGUGACGACGACGAGGAUUGGUUAGAUGACAUGCCUUAACGUGGCCUCUUCUUUUAAAAAUAAGACAGCUGUAGAGAAAUGUCCCUAUAUAGAUAGAUGUCUGUAUGGAGAUAGGUCACCAAUUGCAGUGAGAUACCGAGUUGGUGAUAAUUGGGAAUAACCCGAUAAAGAAGGCAUAUCUGCAGCCUUUAAACCUUCAAGAAAUAAGUGUACUCUAGUACACUUAUUUCUUGAAGAUGAGUGACUUAUCACUUUGAGUGAUAGUAUUAAAAUAAAUACACAGCUAAUUUUAUUUAAACAUAGCUAACUUAACCGUACAAUCUAAAAUGGAAAUAUAAAAAGCUUAAAGUAGCUCCUUACUUAAUAUUUAGUGGAAUAGGUAUCGUUAUCUUUAUACUAUGUUGUUGUAUUUUCCUGAAGAUCGAUUCUGUGAAUCUAGUCGUAGGUUAUAGGUAUACCUGUAAAUGUACUUUUACCUAACUUAUGUCUUUACGAGUAUUAAAGUUCCAAUUCAAUGAAAUGUUUAUAUUUACGAUAAACUUACAGGCUUUGUUUUUAUUUGAUAUUCAUUGCAUGACAAGGUAACUAUUUUUUUUUUUUAACUAAUCAUUUCAAGAGUGCCUCGCUGAAAGGCAAUACUUAUGCGUUGCGAGAAAAAGCUGCCAGCUCUCCGGUCACCGGUACAUGUCGUCAAGCUCACCAUACUUAUUAACCUAUCGAAUGAGCUAAUGCUUUUACGGAUACCGGAAAGCGAUAUGUAAAUGUACUACAUACCUAUACGAGGCCUGGAUGUUAAUAAGAUGACGAUAUGAGGUGUGCUGGUGUCCGACUUUAUUACAUACAUAUAACAUGAGUAUCACAUGAUUAUCCACCUGGUUUCUUGAGCUUAAUAGUCGCCUCCAAACCUCCCCUUAUAGCGACCCCAUUCCUCACACAAAGUUUACCUUAAGUUCAUAUUAGCCUCACUGGAUAACUGUUCACUCUGAGUACUGAUAGCGUUGGUCACAAUAUACCUGAGACAGAUCAUUAUUCUAAUAACACCAUAAGAACGUUCUUGACUUGAUCUAAAAUCAAAUAUCACUGCCGCGUAGAUUUGUUCGCAUACAACCUCCUUUUUCCUACUGUCGUUCUCAUCUACCCUCUCAACUUCCGUCAAAAAAUCUCAAUAACCUAGAAGCGGUUACUUAACUUAAACGUGACUACUAGCGCCAUCUACUCCAUGACGUUGGCAAAUAUUAGCUGGUUCGCAAUACGUUCGCGACAGCUGUUCUGUUUUCCAUGCGGAAAGCGUCAACUUCCGACAUGCUGUGCUAAAUUUCCGUUUUCCGGCUCCGUCGAACAGAAAAAUAGUGUAAACACCUCGGCUAGUAAAGAUCAUAUGUUUGUCGGCCGCGGCGAAGCUGAGACAAUUCUUACCUAACUGCCCUAGGUAUGUAAUGUAUUGGGUAAUAAAUUAUCUAAAACUAUGUUAUAAUAAAACAUAUUUCGAAUGGUAAAUGACACUACUCAUAGUUUAAGCGAAGUUUUCCCUAUUCUGUCUGAAAACUGGAUGCUUAAACUAUAUUGAAGACACGGAACGUGAAAUUGGAAUGAAUGCAGUUUUGUUCCCCGCUUUAGCUCGAGUGCGGCAAUAUCGCGGAUCAGGGGUCGAGCCAGCUUGCUUGGGAAUUCACGAACUCUAGUUACACACGUCGAAUAUGACAUAACUUCUGGUUUUUAGAAUAAGAAAAUAGGGUACCCUACUUGAUAUUAUAAAUACAUCAGUAACUUUAUAUGUCUACCUGUUACCUCAUCACGCUUAAAUCGCUUUAACUAUGUAGCCUAGGUUAGACUUAGACUUAGACAUGACAUGGGAUAGUUUUUUUUACAGUAAUUAGCAUUAGAGAUGCCCUGAAUAGUGGUUUUGGCCGAAUACCGAAUAUUCGGCCCCUCUCGGCGGAAGCGCCAAAUGCCAAAUGCCGUUCGGCAUGAACAUUUUGGUUAUACAGGCGUCAGUUAAAUUCUGCUGAAAAGUUCAAUCAACUUAUCUCGUAGUAUUCAAGAUAAAUUGCCAACUAUACAACCUAUUACAAAGUCACUCAAAAUCGCCCUCACUUUAACGUACAAUCAUUAUAAUUCCAAACAGUUGGUCAGCGCGUACAUAAAACUUUUGCCAUAAAAUCUAAUACCACCUUUGGGCAGCGAUCUAAUAAAUAGAGAGUCAGCGAAAGCCCAGAGUUACCUCGGAGUCGACGCACGUUCCCAAUUAAAAUUUAUUGUUUAGCAGAACAAAAGCCAUUUCAUUUUAUUUUCUGGAAGGGAUCGUUCCACCAAUAGGGUUAAGGGCUUUAAAUUAAGCAGAAUAUCAAUUUAGUAAGCUUUAUGUUCGGUAAUGAGAAAUAGGUUCUGACACUU